AUGCAGAUCCUCUCCGGCAGAUCAGCUUGUGUUGCGUGCUGGCAGAAAGCCCUGUCAUGGAGGGGCUCAUCGUGCUCAUUUCCAACCGGCUUAUGCUGCGGCAUAGGCGGUUCCCUGGCCGAGGAUCUCUCAAUAUCCUCGGACGUCGAUAAGCAUUUCAAUCAUCGCCAGCGCUUCGCUCUGUCGCACCGCUUCUUGGUUGUCAACGGGAGCUGCCUCACCAGUGACGUUCGAAACGUCACUGGUGAGGCGGCUCCCAUCUGGCGAUGUAGGAAAUGGUAG